CAAGCGAAGAUGUUAGCAAGCUUACUUGACAAGCUGAUAAGAAAGAUUAAAAUUAACAGACUGCUCAAAGAAGAGAGCCUCUCAAGAAGGCUAAUUAUAGAUCUGAGCAGAGUUUUAGAAGAAAUAUGCGAAUAUUUUAAGAACCAAUUUAGAUCAAGAAACUUUCAAGAGA